CCCAAUCAUGAGGAGCUCCAGGUUACAGCUGCUGCCUGUGCUACUAGUUCUAGCGAUACAACAGUGUGCGUGCCAGCGCGAAGUGUUCCGACUCUUCUCCAACUGUCGCUUCGGAAAGCCCAACUUUGAUCCGUGCAUUAAAAAAGCUUUCAACGCACUACGGCCCUGGUUUAAGACAGGUCUGCCCGAGUUUAACGUUGCCCCGUUCGAUCCGCAUCGGGCCGAAUUUAUUGAACAGCGCCGUGGAGAUUUGGGCGGUCUCGGAGGCUAUCGAUUGCUGCUAACGAACGUGUCCGAGUACGGCUGGAUGCAGUCGGAGGUGACGAAAUACCGUACCGAGCCCAAGCAUGACCGUAUCGUGUACUCGCAGUUCUUCCCGGAAAAAUCACUCGACGGCAGUUACGACUUUAAGGCGAAAAUCCUCGGUCUACCGCGACACACGCGAGGCAUCUGGAACCUGACGCUGUACGACUACAGCCAGACAACGACCGUAACGCGGAUCGGCGGUCCCGGAGGACUGUUGAAGGUGCGCGUCGAGAUCGACAAGAUCGGUGAUAUGAAGCUGCACAUCUCGCACCUGUUUCAUGGGUCUAAAAUUAUCGAAUCGAUUGCUGACUUCUUUAUCAACACAAUGUGGCAACCGAGCUUCCCGUUCAUUAAGCCACUGAUCAACGAUCUGGUCAGUGUUGCGUUUACGGACAUUUUCAACGAGUCCUUCCGAUACUUCCCGCUCGAUCAGGUGAUACGAAGCUAGGUGUGCAAGGGUUGAGAUUGAUCGAGACAGC